CAGUUGUCGACUGUGGACGCUGUGACUGACUGAGGCGGGCGGUCCUGACCGGGAUUGAGGGAAAAAGAAAGACUGUUAGUCAGAUUUGUAAUAAAUAAAUCUCGGAUAUUAACUCCGGUCGCGAAAACCAUGGCCUCUUCAGACGUUGCUCGGCAGCCGGACAAAGGAGCCCGACCCCUGUCCCUGGCAGGCCAUGUGGGCUUUGACAGCCUCCCAGAUCAACUUGUUAACAAAUCCAUCUGCCAGGGUUUCUGCUUCAAUAUUCUGUGCAUUGGUGAGACUGGUAUCGGCAAAUCCACUCUUAUGGACACUCUCUUCAACACUAAUUUUGAGAACUUUGAGUCCUCCCACUUUGAGCCUCAGGUGAAGCUACGGGCCCAGACGUACGACCUGCAGGAGAGCAACGUCAGACUACGCCUAACUGUGGUCAACACUGUGGGCUUUGGAGACCAAAUGAACAAACAAGAAAGCUAUCAGCCAGUGGUGGACUACAUCGACAGACAGUUUGAAAGUUAUCUGCAGGAGGAGCUUAAGAUUAAACGCUCUCUUCACAACUACCAUGACUCGCGAGUCCAUGCCUGCCUUUACUUCAUCUCCCCCUCAGGCCAUUCACUGAAAUCCCUGGACCUGGUCACUAUGAAGAAACUAGACAGCAAGGUGAACAUCAUCCCAGUGAUUGCCAAAGCUGACACCAUCAGUAAGAGUGAGCUGCAUAAGUUCAAGAUCAAAAUCAUGAGCGAGCUGGUCAGCAACGGCGUCCAGAUCUACCAGUUCCCCCUGGAUGACGAGACUGUGGCCAAAGUCAACACUACGAUGAACGGUCACUUGCCAUUUGCUGUCGUUGGCAGCACGGAGGAAGUCAGCGUUGGCAAUAAGAUGGUGAAGGCUCGUCAGUAUCCCUGGGGUGUGGUACAAGUGGAGAACGAGAACCACUGUGACUUCGUGAAGCUGAGGGAGAUGCUGAUCUGUGUAAACAUGGAGGACCUGAGAGAGCAGACACAUACUCGCCACUAUGAGCUGUACAGACGCUGCAAACUGGAGGAGAUGGGUUUCAAAGACACGGACCCCGAGUGCAAACCUGUCAGCUUGCAGCAGACGUAUGAGGCCAAGCGUCAAGAGUUCCUGUUGGAGCUGCAGAGGAGGGAGGACGAAAUGAGGCAGAUGUUUGUGCAGAGGGUGAAAGAGAAGGAGGGCGAGCUGAAGGAGGCUGAACGAGAGCUCCAGAGUCGCUUUGAACAGCUGAAGCGCCUCCAUGCAGAUGAGAAAGCAACCUUGGAGGAUAAGAGGAGACUCCUGGAUGAGGACCAGAGCUCCUUCAGUAAGAGACGUGCUGCUGCUCAGCUCCUGCAGGCUCAGAGUCUCACUGCCAAUGGCAAGAAGGACAAGGACCGCAAGAAUUCCGGCUUCAUGUGAAGACUCUGAAGUACACUCCACUAUGACCAGCAUAACCAGUGGCAUUCUGCCCACAUCCCUUCCAGCCCCUUGAGGCCAGUCUCCAAACAGUAACCAGGAAAACCCCACACAAACCAGCUGUGUGUGAGUUUGAUUAUGUGCCAAAGUUUAAUGACUGUACUCAAGAAUCCUCUGUACACUAA